AUGGGUUGCCAUAAUGCUAAACCUUCUAGUUCCUCAAGAGAUUUAACUAAAAAAACAAGUAGGCUUUCUAUUGUCACUAUGGAGGUUAAGAGAGCUAGUAAAAAUGCUUACAAAUAAUCUUAAAAAGCAGAUGGUUUUAACUCUGUUGUUGACUACACAAUGACAUUAAAAUAACUACAAUUUAUGAGAGAAGGCUUGUAAAAUAUGCCUGUUAUGCCUCCUCAAAAAGAGGGCUAAGAUCCUCUUACACAAAUCCAAGAUAAAAAAAUCAUCUAACGCCACCAAAAAGGACUACUUAGCAGCUUCAAAAGCUCAAAGUUAUUCCAAAGAAGAAAAACCCAACUCACUUCAACUACCCAAACAAACUCUUUAAAUGGAUCUUUUACUUCGAAACAAUAAUGA